UCUCUCUCUCUCAUACACACAGAUUCUCCCUUUCCAUAUAAUUGUAUUCGUGAACUCCAGACCACACAUCAGCUUUCUGUUGGACGUAUACUGUUUAUUCUAUUAGGCAAGACAAGCUCUUUGGUCCUGCUCAAGACACAGCAAAACCCUCUUUCAUUAGGGUAAAGAUGCACCUGGAAUGUGUGGAUGAUUAAUUGGCAUGAGUUAAAUUGUAUUUGCUUGCCAAAAUGUGGACCAAUAUGAGGCUAAUUCUUGGGGUGAUCUUGCUACUUAUUCUUUGGCAAUGUGUGAGCACACAGCAUUGCCCAGAUAAAAUAAUUCCUCCAGAACUGAAGAGCCCUGAUUCUUGGUCUGUGCAGAAGGCUCACACAGGAUAUAUGUCAUCUGUUGUCCAUUCCUUUUUGAACUCUGUUCAACCCAACCAUUUCCCUAAAGAGCUUUUCAUUAAAGUUCUGAACUCUCGUGGCAGCUUAGAUAAAGCAACUAUAAAUGAGUUUCUGCACUAUGAGCAGGGAUUUUUGGUGUGUGCGGCCAUUGGGAUUCUGUACAUCGUCCUCAUGCCCUUAAUUGGCAUGUGUUUUGCUUGCUGUCGUUGCUGUGGGAAUUGUGGGGGCCACAUGUACCAAAAGAAGACCAGUAGCUUCAAGUGCAGACGGCAGAGCUUUUACGGGGCUACUUUUCUAAUCACCAUCUUCAUGUUGGCAGGAAAUAUUUGUAUGUUCUUGAGUAAUACCUACACCCACGAGAAUGUGAGGUCUGCACCAGGUGAAUUCAACAACACCAUAAAAAAUCUACAAAGCUACAUCAACGUUAUUCCUGAGCAAAUAGACCAAGUUGCUCAUGAGAGUGUUGAAGUUGUGGAUAAUGUCACAUCUAAUGUUAAAGGAAUUGGCUCUUUGCUUGGCAGAGAGAUCCAAAGAGAAAUAGAAGGAUCUAUUAAGCCGGCCCUGGACUCUGUUGCAGUAAUAAGACAAGUUCUUCAAAACACCAGUUUGUUCCUGUCCACAUUGAAUGCAACUCAGAAAGAGCUGGAUUUGCUACAGUCAAACCUGACCAGAGUGAAAACAUCCAUCAACAAGACACUGCACAACCCAGGCUGCAUGAACUGUGUUUUCUUGCAGUUUGAAUUGAACAAGCUGUCCCUGGCCUCAGGCCUUAAUUUGUCCAGCUUUAGUAAGCUCCAGUCAGCAUUGGACCAAGCUGAGAAGACUGAUCUGAAUGCGUCUAUACAGACAGGGAAAGAUUUCAUUGAAAGCAUUCCUGAAAGGGUGACUGAAUCAACUGGAGACAGCGUGCAGAAGGUUCAACAGGACCUUCAAACUAUAAAAAGCCAGGUCUCAGAGGUAACCAGAGAUAUUCCACGUGAACAGUUGACCAGACUCUCCAACACACUGAGUAAUGUACUAAAAUAUAGUACAAACUACACAUCCAAGCUAGACUUGGCAGAGAAAAUUAGGUGGAUUAUUGCAGUGAUCCUGUGCUGUCUCAUUCUUCUGGUGGUGGUGUGUAAUCUGCUGGGAUUGAUGCUUGGCCCAGCAGGACUGGUGCCUAAAGAUGAUCCAACUGAACGUUCUAGCACAGCAAAUUGUGGUGGACUGUUCCUCAUGACGGGUGUUGGCUUUAGCUUUUUAUUCUCUUGGAUCUUCAUGAUAGUAGUCCUGAUCCUUUUCUUUGUAGGAGGUAACCUAUAUACCCUCAUCUGUGUGCCAUGGAAGAAUCAGCAACUCUUUGAGCUCAUUGACACUCCAGGCGUAAUUCAAGGAUUUCAGCUGUCUCAAAGCCUGGGACUAAAGACUAAACUCACUAUCAGUGAUGUGUAUAAGGACUGCCAAAUGAAUAAGUCUCUAUGGUAUACUCUCCACCUGGAGGAAAUUAUUGACCUCAAUAGCUAUCUUAAUGUGUCCAAAUACACAGAACAGGUGCAGAAAGAGCUUGAGAGCAGCAGCAUCACUUUUCCCAGCAUUGUUCUGCUUGAUCCUGGGAAGAUGAAGCAACUGACCAGCUUCUCAGUGACUGUCAGCAGUGUGAACAUCAGUAGCAUUAUGCAAAAGGUUAUUACUCCAUCAGUAACAAAUCUUAGUUACGUUGCUGACAAAUUGGAAGCUUUGGCUAAUGACCAGACUAAUCGAACUGUUAAAGCUGAACUACAGAAUGAGGCAAAAGACCUGAGAUUUUUCCAGACUCAGUUUAAUUCCACCUUCAGUCUUCAGUUGAUGGAGUUAAGCACUCAAGUUGAGCAUUUCAGUGACUUAAUAUCUCACAUCAAUGGCACUGUGCAGAAUGUUCUGGAGCAUUUCAACUCUGCUCAGGAUGUUUUGAAUAACAACAUGACGAAAACAGUGAAAUCGAAACUUACUGAAUUUAUAGACUGUCAGAUUAAAGUCUUCACAGCACUUGCUGAAUGGGCCAACCAAACGAUUACUGAGCAGGUGGGACGCUGUGGGCCAGUUGCUGUUACUGUCAACACUGUAGAAAAUAUAUUUUGCUCACAGCUUGUGGACUCUCUGAAUGCCUUUUGGUUCAGUUUGGGCUGGUGUAUGGUCUUCUUCAUUCCUAGUAUUAUUUUCUCUGUUAAACUGGCCAAGUUUUACCGCCGGAUGAAGUACAAGGAUGAGUAUAUGGAUAACCUGAUGUUGAAUCCUAUCCCACGAGUGGAUCUAAAACCAUACUGACAGGAGGAAGAGCAUUUACAUUAAUGUGUGUCAUUGUUGCCAUAUUAAAGGACCUUAGCACAGCUGAGGAGAUACUGUACACUGGAUUCUGGGUCAGAGCCUGGAUAGUUGCUGCUUUGGAAUAAAAAGGGCAGAUUUUAUGCUGUUUGUAAUGUGCACAUUUCAGAUGUGCUUUAAAGAUUUUCCUACAGGUAAGCUCUGGCUAUUAAAGCAUGCAACCUAUAACA